ACUGCAAUCCUUCAAGUUCAUCUGUUGACUCCAACACAAAACUAUUAUAAACUGUGCCUCUAAAACACGUGAUGAUACAUUUCUUGAGAGCUAUUUAUUCCAGCUGCAGCAGAGGAAAGUUUUCAGAACACCCGGCAUUUCGUACAGGAAAGGUCUCUUGAGCUUUGCAAAGGGAGGAAUUAUUUGCAUACCGACGCUUUAACUGUGGAAAAGCAGUUUCAAUGCUGAAGAUGGACCAUGCAAACAUGACCCAAACCGUGCUUAAUGCUGAAUCCCGCAACAUGGAGAAGAACAAUGGCAACGAGUAUUUUUACAUCUUGAUUGUUAUGUCUUUCUACGGGAUCUUCCUGAUAGGGAUAAUGUUGGGCUACAUGAAAUCCAAAAGAAAAGAAAAGAAAUCCAACUUGCUUCUGCUCUACAAAGAUGAGGAGAGAGAAUGGGGGGAAGCUGUGAAGCCUCUACCGACCAUAUCGGGGCUGAAAGCUGUGCAGAUCCCCAUGAUGCUGAACAUGCUGCAGGAGAGCAUGGUGCCAUCUCUGUCCUGUGCCAUCUGCUCGAUGGAAGGCAGCAGCGUGAGCUCUGAAUCCUCUUCCCCAGACGUGCACUUCACCAUUCAGGAGGAAGUGCUGGAUGCUGAACUGGGGGAAGUGUCAGAAACGCUUCUCAACGAGAGCAGCGAGGGGUCUGCAGAAAACAUCCACAAGAACUCCUAGCAGCAGCAGGGGCUGUUGAAUCAGCUACCAGAAGCGUGAGUGGAGCUCCCACGAUGAAUCUGUGGUUCUACUUUCCUGCUCUCCAACAAACUCUCAGCUGGUAUCUCUGCCCCGAGCCCGACGUGUUCCUGAGAGCUGGAAGGAAAAGGAAGAAGUGUCACCAAAAUCCAAAGUGUAACCUUGCACAUAAUUGGGAUGCUUAAUUUUUUACAUUACUCUUUCUUACCGUAAGAGCUAAGAACAAGGAGAAUAUGUAUAUUUUUUUCUAAUGAGGUAACUAUCACUGCCAAUGUCUCUGCAUAUUUCAGAAUUCUGUAAAUAUCUGGGAAACGUUCAGAGAAGUUACCCUGGCACAAGUGCCUAGUUGUUAAAGACAGUGGGUAAUGCUCAUUCACACAAAACUGUGAUAGACUAGAAGUGCUUCUACCGUACGUUUCUUAUUAAAAAAAAGCACAGACAACAGCAGAUUGCUCAAUGAGGCCUCAAAGGCUGAAGCUUUGUCUAUGCUGUGGUUGAAGGGAGAUUGCAGCGUGGCUGGAGACUGACCUCACCUGAAUUUAGGUACGGGAGAAACAACGAAAGAAAAAGGAGAAGAAAAAAAAAGGAAAAAAAGAGGAGGACACCCCAAGUUUCUGGGAGGUUUGUAAAGUCCAAGUUCAGACCCAUGCCACUAUGCCUUGCUCUGGCUGUACCUGUGCUGGCUGGGUCGGGCAUACCAACUGCUGCUGCAAUCCAGCCUUUGACUGAGUCACUAGUAGGAAAAGUGGUUUUGUUUUUUGCUUUUGUAUUUUUUAAGAUGUGUAUAUUUGCUCACUAAAGGCAAAGAUCUAUAAGUAAAGAAAGAAAUGAAAAGAUCUUUGUUACAAGGUGUAAGAACUAGAAAGGCUUGAACAAAUGCUGCUCUGUCACACUCUUGAAAAAUGGGUGGAAUUCGGAAUAGAAUUUAACCUAGCAAAGGUGAAAUCCUGGCCCCAUUGAAGUCAACAGCUAAGUCCUACUGGCUUCAGGGCACAUGCACAAGAUUUUGUGCUUCCCUGUUGGAGUCAAAUUCUCCAUCUGAGGUCAGUUAAACUGUACUCAUUUACAUUACUGAAGAAUCUGGUCUUUCUGCUUUAUUUAAGCCAGUGUAGAUAAAUGUCACAUUACUUCUUUUUUAUUUUUUAUUUUAUCAGCCUGCAUGUGACACAUGCAUUUCUAUAAAGUCAUGAGUAACUACUUUUUAAAACCACCACAAACUUUUUCCCUGCAUUAAUGGUACUGUGGUUUGUUCAAAUGCUCGUGAUCUUAGUUACUAAAUUAUUGCACUGUUACAAAAUUAAUGUUAAUAUUUUAGCUAGGUGUGAUUAUUUCAAUCAUACAUUAUAUUUUAUAAUAACUUAUUGCAAUGUUUGGAUUAGUUCUGAAGCAUGAGGGCUAAGGAGCCUGAACCUAAAGCAUUGCACAGGAAAAUGCUCGCAAAAUGUCUCCACAUAUUUCCUGUGUUAAAAUAGCUCUGUGAUUUAUCCACUGGCAUUAGAGCUUGAGAGACAACUUGAAAAAUAUGAACAUGGAACAGCAGAAAUGAACUGAGGCAAAAGUCUGCUGAACUUCUGCCAUUUAGAAGGGAGAACUCUGUUUUUUGGCUUGAAGGGCUGAUGUAGUGCGAUGUACCCUGCAGAGGUAUCACUGUGUCUUUCUAACACAGCAGAACAAAAGCUCCAUUGUGUUCGUAAAGGGCCUGAUUCCGUUCAUAUCGAAGGCAGUGGGAGUUUUGCCACUUCAGUGAACUUUGGAUCAGACCAUAUGAAGCUUUUUGGUAGAUUUACUCCAAAAGGGGCUGUUUUAAGUUUGAAAGAAGCCAAAUUAAGUUUGGCACUUUGCCUGGAAUCACUUGAAUCCUGAAACUUUCCAAAUGAGACUGACAUGAGUGAGUUGUCACAUUUUCCACCGCUUUCUCCUCUAUUCUUUCACUUUGGUAUAAAUGUACUUGUAACUGUAAAAAAACGAUGUAUAUAAUUCCUAUCACUGAGUUGUAUAUAAUUGUCUCAUGUAUUUAAAGUUUAUUGUUUCUACUGGCACUAUUUUUUAUUUAAAUAAAGAAACACAUUUCCUGGAAAA